GAUCACUUCUCUUCCUUCGCCGCUUUUCCGCCUCGCCAAACUCUUCCAAGUCUUCCAAGUACAGAAAGUCCCUCAAGAUGUCCGCACCAGUAUGCGCGCCGUGCCAAGACAGCGCACUCUCUAUAACUGGGAAUGUUAUUGGCAUCGUCACCCUCGUUUACGUCCUCGCCGUCGGAGUCUUCUGGCGGAUUUCCGUGGUAAAGAAAGCCCUAAAAGAGCUAGAGAUUAUGCAUAUCGAUUUUAUGUACGUCGAGGACGCUGCACGCGCGUUGAUGGAGAGAGCACCAAAGGGCUUGGAAGGGGAAUCGCAAAAACGAGUAACCAUCUCGAGCGGCAUGCUGGCCAGACAAAUCGAAACCCUUCAAUCUGUGCGACAGAAUCUCAUUGCCCAGAAAUGGAAGGAGACAGCACUGUUGACCGGAUUACUUCUCAGUGUCAGGUGUUUGAUGGCAAGGGACCAGAUGAAAGAAGCGGUGGAGAGGACGAACGUCUGGUCUGAGAGGCUCAGGAUCGUGAUUGAAGAUGCCAGGGCUCCUAGGGCUCCCUCACUAGCCUCCAAUUCGUCCCCACGGGGCUCCAAUCCGUCCCCGCAAGGCCCCACUGCCCGUCACGGCUCGCUGAAAGAUCUUCCCGAUGCAUCGCGCGAUUCCGCAGAGAGGGUAGUAACACAUGAAGGCUCCCUAGUCUAAUAGAACCUCUUCGUUUGCCUAGACGCGUUCGCUUUUAAGAGACUAUCAGCUCUAGCGGAUAAAAUGAGAUAGGGAGCAAAUUUACAAGAACAGGGAUCCUUCGUUUAUUCCUACUCUUUCCACGGAACAUACAGAAAGAACUCCUUACAGUACUCUCCAAGGCAUCCCUCCUGUGACGAGCACUACGAGCCACUCAGGCGUCUAAUUGGGGUAUUUGAAGAACUCG